AUGCACUCGUACAAGCUCCCCCUGACCAACUCCCUGGAAUCAACCAUGGCCACCCAAGUCCACAGACACGGUAUCCAAGCCAUUACCGAGUACGAGUACAAGUACACCGACGACGAAUACCUCUAUCUCGCACUUAAUCCAAUCGAACCACUCUACAGCGCAACCCCAACCCCAACCAACCAUGCCAGCACUGGCGCGCCCAUUACGAAUGCCAAUUGGUGGGUGUGCUGCCACUGCGACAGCAUGAACAACCCCGAUCUAGCCCCGGAUCGAUGCUCGGUCUGUUCGCAUUAUAAGUGCGCUGGGUGCAAUACCGUUGUUGUGUAG